AUGUCUUCGUUUCAGCUUACAGAGUACCUAUCGUCAUUUCAGCAUACUGAUAAAUCUACUUACAAGGAGCUACCGACGCCUGGCGCAAAACUAAAUCAUAUCACGGAUACCCUAGCUUUAAACUCUGAGUAUGAAUUAUCUGAUGAUACAUUUGAGGUGUUGGUUGACUUAGCUCAUUCUUAUUUCCAUUUGAGCUAUAAUGUCAAGCAACAGCUUAUUUACUUGGUCUCUUCCUGUUUAUCAAACCUUUCUACACUAAUUCAUUCCAACUACCAAGUGGAUGAGGAUACCCUUCAAUCAUGGAAAAUUAAUUUACAGAAAUGGGGGUACCUUGUGCAUGUACUAUUAGUUUUCAUGCAAGACGACCUUUUGAAUAGCCCUCAUCAACAACAACAACAGCAGAAGAAAGAAGAAAUAAAAUUAUAUUCCGCUCUACUUGAAAUUUUACUACCUAGCAUAAUCAACUUAGCCAGCAUACCGCAACUACCGAAACUUUUUGAUACGUUGUUAGAAAGAGAUGUGUUCGUGGGUAUUUUUCUUAAGCCGCUUUUCACUCUUGUGGAGUGUGAACCUUUGAUCAAAAUCAACCACGUUAAAACGAUGAUAAUUAAGAUUAUUGCUAUAUUUGUGAAGAAUGAUAACCAGUCACAAUUGGUGCAAAAUUUCGUUAUGGCUAAUUUAACAUACUUCCCACAACUUACGAACUUCAAUGCAGAGCUCUUAACAUACAUCAACGAUGAAUUUGAUUAUCCUCAACUUACUGAAGACAUAUUAAGGAGUAUUAGUGUUAAAGAGUUUAAUGCAAAGGAUUUGUCCGGUCCAAAAUCUAUUUCCAACUUUUUGAUUAAGAUUUCUGAGCUCUCACCAAGAGUGGUGCUUAGACAAAUGACGUCGAUUAUUAGAUUAUUAAACAACUCUUCCUUUACACUACGUUGUUCUGUCGUUGAAGCUUGCGGAAACAUUGCUGUGGAUAUUUCAUCGGACCCUGAUCUGUAUCAGCAUUAUAAAGAACAAAACGAUACUUUACUUGAGCUAUUAGACGAAAGAUUCCAAGACUCAAACCCUUAUGUUAGAUGUAAAGCAAUUCAAUCAUGGAUUAAGAUAUGUGACCUUAAAAUAAAAUUCAAUCAUCAUAGGCUUCUUGUUACAAAAUUAGCAGUACGAUCACUACAAGAUAAAUCUUCCCUAGUGAGAAAAAAUGCGGUAAAGUUAUUAUCCAAGCUUCUUUUCACCCACCCGUAUGAUCAAAUGCAUGGCAGUCAGUUAAAGCUUCACGAUUGGAAACAUCGACUACAUAAUCUCAUGGAACAUGAUUUUGACGAAGAUGACAAGAAGAUCAAACUAACCGAGACAUAUUACAAGGAUGCUAUCACGUUUAUCGAAUCAUUGCAUGAUGCUAUUGAACAUUCUGUACCACUAUUAUUUUCGCGGAAUAAAUCUGAGGUGUUAGAAACUAUGGAUUUCUUAGUUCUAUGCGAUGCGUUUGAUUUGGAACUAAGCUCUUUAGGAAUAAAGAAAAUGCUUCAUUUGGUAUGGUUCAAAAACUCCAACGAUGAAGGAAUCAAUAUUGCCGAUCACUUGGUUACUUGUUAUAAACAGCUAUUUCUAACUACACCUGACCAUUUUAAUUACAAAGAAAGGUCUGCAUUCAUUGCAAAAAACUUAAUCAAUCUAACUCUAGACGCAUCAGUUUCAGAUCUUGCCUCUUUGGAGAGGCUUAUAGGGCUAAUGUAUGAUAGCAAAUUAAUUGACUACAAUGACAUCAACGCUUUAUGGAUGAUAUAUCAGAGUUUGUUAACGGAUGGAAAAAUUGGCGGUGCAGAAUUCUCUACCUCUGAAAUAUAUGGUGCAAUAACUGUGUUAGGUAUGCUAGCACUAGCUGACAAUGAAGUUGGGUUACGUGGCUUACCACAUAUAUUGAAGGUAGGGUUUGAUCAUGGGAAGUUACCGAUUAUAAAAAUGACCUGUGUUAUAUUACAACGAAUGGUACCCUCAGAAAACACUGAUAUUCCUCACCAUGAAGAGGUUUUACAAAUUUUACACAACUUGGUAAUAUCAUCUACCGAUGAUCAUGAAUACUACUCUAUGUGUGAACAUGCAAUAAAUGCCAUUUUUGAAAUUUCAAAGAGGCCAGAUAUUAUUUGCAACCAGAUUAUCAAAGAAAAGACAAUGAUAACUUUCGGGGAACUUCGUAACAAAGAAGGAGAAGAUUCAACAAAUCAAAAGUCAUUGGGGUCAAGACUUACUUCGCUCUCUCAAUUACUAUUUAUUGUUGGGCAAGUUUGUAUAAAAAUUAUUAUUUUCUUGGAGAAAAGCGAAGCAGAGUUCAAGAAGACCAAGAUUCAAUACGAAAGUUUGAAAUCAGCAACAAAUGAAAACACUACAACAGAUGCUGACAAUUCAAUGGCAAACACCUCUGAACAACAAAAAGAAUUGGAUUUAAUUGGAGGAACAAACGAAGAUGAUUUCUCUGAUGCCAUUCAAUAUAUCAAAGAGAAUGAACUUUUGUUUGGUCCUAACUCAUUGUUGGCGAAAUAUGGUCCUUUAGUAGAAGAGAUUGUUACAAACUACGACAAGUUCAAUGAUAAGUACCUACAAAGAAAUGCAGUUCUUUGCUUGACAAAGAUGAUGUGUGUUUCUUCUAGAUUCUGCGAAAAGAACCUUUCGCUACUUAUAACGAUCAUGGAGAGAUCCCCAGAUCCCAUAAUUAGAUCAAAUGCUGUAUUAGGUCUUGGCGAUAUGGCUGUUUGUUUCAAUAAUCUAAUUGAUGAGAACACAGAUUUCUUGUAUCGCCGUUUGCAUGAUGAUAAUUUAAUGGUCCAGAAGACAUGUCUCAUGACAGUAACGUUUUUGAUAUUGGCUGGCCAAGUGAAGAUUAAGGGUCAAAUUGCUCAAAUGGCAGUUUUGCUAGACAACCCAGACCAAAGUAUUAGUGAUAUGUGCAAAUUGUUCUUUACUGAGCUAUCUACCAAGGAUAAUGCCAUCUACAAUGGGUUCAUAGAUAUAUUUAGUGGGUUGUCGAGCGACGAAGAGUUACCUAAUGAUUCCUUCAAGACCAUUAUAAAAUACUUAUUGACCUUCAUUGACAAGGAUCGUCACCAAAAACAACUAAGCGAAAAAUUGUUAAGCAGAAUAUUGAAGGCGGAGACUCAACGCCAAUGGGAUGACAUUGCAUUUGUGCUUAACCAGUUGCCUAAUAAAUCGGAAAAAGUGCAACAAGUCCUGGACGAGGGUUUCAAGCUUGUUAGUGCGAGGGAUUGA